AAUCGAACAAGUUGUUCCUUAUUCAGACGGCUUUGACAAGAGUGAAAGUUCGCACGCCUAUCAGCUGUGAGAUAAAAACUAAACAUACUUUAAGAGGAGCUCAGAUGUUUAGUGAACAGUUUGACUAAUAUUUGAUUAUUGUGUUACUUUUGUGAAAAUAUUGUCCAAUAUCCAAUAAUCGCACUUAAGAGACAGAAUAAGACCAUCGGAGCAAUAUGCCAAGCGCUAGGAGAAUGAUCCUAGGUCACGUCAUGUCUGGUUUGUGUAGUAAAAUGAACCGGACUAAACAGCUACCGGCAGAUUUGAUGGAAACUCCACUAAACCGAUGUCUUAACACAUUCGACAUUACUUUGCUAGGAAUUGGCCACAUGGUUGGUGCCGGUGUUUACGUUCUAACAGGAACAGUAGCACGUGAGAUGGCUGGCCCCGGGAUCGUACUAUCUUUCAUAUUGGCUGGAAUGGUUUCUAUGUUGGCGGCUCUGUGCUACGCUGAAUUUGGAACAAGGGUACCGAAGGCAGGAUCAGCAUAUGUUUAUACGUAUGUAUCAAUUGGCGAGUUUUGGGCGUUUAUUAUCGGAUGGAACAUCAUAUUGGAACAUAUGCUCGGAGCUGCGUCGGUGGCACGUGCCUGGAGUGGUUAUGUUGAUUCAAUGCUGGGAAAUAUCGUAGCCAACACGACACUGGAAUUAACAGGAGAGAUGCAUGAGCAGUUGUUGGCAAAAUAUCCGGACUUCUUGGCAUUCGCUGUAUGUUUGAGUUAUGCUAUUGCUCUGGCAGCUGGCGUGAAAGCUACCGCUAUGAUUAACAGUGUCCUUACGAUGGUUAAUGUUGCCGUUAUGUCACUAGUUAUCGUGCUUGGAUUUUGGUACGCUGAUCCCGGAAAUUGGUCAAUACCAGAUCAAGGAUUUCUGCCUUAUGGAUUCGGAGGGGUACUAGCGGGAGCUGCAACUUGCUUUUAUGCAUUCGUUGGAUUUGACAGUAUCGCCACAUCCGGUGAGGAGGCUAAAAAUCCGAGCGUGUCAAUUCCGCUGGCUACAAUUUUAUCACUGUGUAUCGUCACCAUCGGUUAUUUAUUAGUGAGCGCUGCGUUAACAUUAAUGAUCCCAUUCAAUGAAAUCAAUCCAGCGGCUGCGCUUCCUGAUGCCUUUGGAAUUCGUGGAAUUUCGUGGGCGAAAUAUGCUAUUUCUACUGGUGCAAUAUGUGGCAUGACGACUACACUGCUUGGGUCAUUGUUUGCUCUACCAAGAUGUCUGUACGCGAUGGCAAGUGAUGGUCUAUUGUUCUCAUGCUUCGGAAAGGUCAAUACCAAGACUCAAGUACCAUUGCUAAAUUUGGCUGUAUCUGGGAUCUGCUCCGCUUUGCUGGCUUUGUUUUUUGAUUUGGAAAAACUAGUAGAAUUCAUGUCUAUUGGAACUCUUCUGGCGUACACUAUUGUCAGUGCUAGUGUCAUUGUUCUUCGUUAUCGUCCGAUCUCCGUGGAGGAAACAGUUCAUUUGGCACCCGACACUCCAGGUACGGACGAAGAAGAAGGAGUAUCUUCAUCGUCACAAUCAAGCGCCGUUGAUCCAUCUUCGCCAACUAGUGAAAUGCUUGAAAUAGCUUUAGCGGGACGACUGCGGCCUCAGUUUCGCUGGUUGGAACCCGUAUUGGGACGGUGUGAACCAGGUGUAGCUUGCUCUGGAGCAGUGCUACUAUUCUGUGUUCUCAGUGUAGCGAUUUGCUUUCAACUGCAAGCAUCUUGGGAUGAACUGUACAAUGGAACUUGGUGGGCUUUGGGUUUAUAUGGAUUUCUGCUGUUCUGUUUGGUGGCAUGUGUUGUAGUUAUGAGUGCUCAUCAUCAAAAUACCCGGGGACUUCAGUUUAAAGUACCACUUGUUCCAUACAUUCCAGCAUUGAGCAUAUUCUGCAACGUAGAACUAAUGGUGCAUUUGAGUUUUCUGACGUGGCUUCGGUUUUUCAUCUGGCUUACGAUUGGAAUGUUGGUGUAUUUCUUGUAUGGUAUUCACAAUAGUAAAGAAGGCGAGUUGGGAACUUCUUAUUCCAUGCUGAUGUCUACCCAGGAAUCGGUCCGUGGAUGGGGUGCUACAAAAUCGGCUGGUCUUACCACAGGUUCUUGUGUUACCGUUACUAAGAUAGUGAAGGGUCGCGUUAGUCGGAAAAGUGUUGAUAAGCAAGCAAUCGUCGAUGAUGACGAUGAUGAUUCUUAAGAUGUUAGAAGAGGAAUCUAAAGGCACGAGAAAGGGAAAAUCUUACAUUACGCUUAUUGGUUGCACAGUUUAUUAAAAGUAUUAUGUGCAGUAUUUUCUACGCUUAGAAAUUUAGAUGUAAAUGCGAACAAAGAUGUUGCAGCAUGUCACGAAAUCCAAUCCGCGUAUCAUUUUGGUUACAGUCAUUCAAUCUCAUCUGCUUAUAUUCAAUAUUAAUUUGUGCUUCCACAAUUAGAGUUUUUAAAUCCCACUGACUACAAUUUUGAGAUAAGAAGUAAUUACGAUAUCCAGACUGUUCAAGCACUUCUACUGCGGAAAAUGAGUGUUAGUGUGCUAAACUUUAAGUAGAACCAAUUAGAAUGACUUUAUUAUAAGACGCGUGUUUAUUGAUUGCUAUUUUAUGCAAUGUGUUCAUACGUAUUACACCCUGAUAUAGUUUAAUCUCAUCAAAGAACUACUUAUUGUAAUUAGUUCACCACGAGAAAUGAAAAUUAAUUCGGAUAAAUCAAUGAUCAAGUCUCACAAUAUAUUGACAUGUGUUUAACGUAAACAUAUCACUCAUUUACAUCCCUAUCCGGUAUUUCGAUUAAUCGGAAUAUUUCGAUCGAAUGUAAAAAAUUGCUUACUGUGUUUCGAUCGAGUGAUGAUUUUGUACUAAAAACUCGAACUCAGUUGUGAUGCAGAAAGCAAAUUUCACAUUCCGAUUCGAUCGAAAUACGAAAUAAGAGUGUUAAAUUCGUCAUUUUCGUAUGCAAUUCUACAUAAUCAAUUAUUCAUUAUUAAACAAUUUUUAAAAAUUAACAGUUGAAAAGUUACAAAAUCAGGAUCGCCUUGCUCCGAUUUGGAUUAAACUUGGCACACACCUUCAGUAUGACAAACCAUUCACUUGGGACGGAUGGAGAAACUGUUUUGACUCGAGACUCAUCUAUGAAAAGUGGGAAUGCAUUUUUUCAUGAAAAUUCAUUCCAAAAUCAGGAUCGCCUUGCUCCGAUUUGGAUUAAACUUGGCACACACCUUCAGUAUGACAAACCAUUCACUUGGGACGGAUGAAGAAACUGUUUUGACUCGAGACUCAUCUAUGAAAAGUGGGAAUGCAUUUUUUCAUGAAAUUUCAUUCCAUUCAUUUCGUUGUAAAUUGGAACUUUUAUUGGCUGGUGCCGAGAAAGAAGUGGUAGGAAAUUGAUUGGGUAUUCUAAAAAUCUUUCAUUUUUCAAGAACUUAAAAAUUGACUGAAAAUCAUAAUUACGAGUUACAGUAGAAACAAGUUUUUUUUACGUUUCACUUUCAGCUCAUCAGUGCGUCAGCAGUUUAUGUUGAACUGCUGACGCCACCUAACGGUUCAACAUAAACCGCUGAGCAGACGUAAAGUUAAUGCUAUUUACAUAUACACUUAUCACACCGAAGUGCUAUGUCUUUGCUGACGUGCCGAAUGAAACGAAACUAAGUGACGACGUUCUGGCCGUCAACAGAUAGUUAUUUAGGGGCUUGGUACCGCAUGGGUACCGGGUUUGUGCUAAGUUUUAGUUAUUUCCGAGUUAUUCAUGUUCUUGGUAAAAAACAGCCAAUUAAUUACUGAAAAACGAUUUUGCUGAUCAAAAGCAAUACAUUUAUUAAUUCUCUCGAAAUUUUGGAUAUGACUUAAAAAAAUUCCUAAGCACGGAAGCAGUUAACUAUACAAAUAACGGCGGAGAGGAAGAAGGAAUCGUUCGGGCACGCUUAAAAAGAUGUACAUUGAGGAAAAAGUCGAAUAUAUUUUUUGAGAAUUUAGGAAGGAUUCGUAGUGUCAGUAGGAUCGUAGUACCAGCCAUGCAAUGGGUCUAUACACUCUGAAUCGGCUGCGAAAUCUGUGGAAACAGAAGGUCAAAUUCCACUACAGGAAUGUAAUACCAAGAUUUUUUUUAUAUUUUUUGAGAAUUAAAAAAGUAACCGUAAAAAUCAAAUUAUAACUAAAACGUCUCCAUAUUUUUAAGAAUAAUUUCAUUUCAUACUUUAACUUAAAAUUCACAUUUGUUGUUCAUUAGAUUAAUGUUAAUAAGUAAAGAAGUUUCAACUGAAAUAAUUUUCAGGUUUUUUAUAGCUGUGAGUUUCUGAUGAAAAGUAUUCAUUUAAACAAUAGAAUAUUAUUCUACACUUACAAUUAAGAAAUUUAGCCCUAGUUGUCUUCUUGCGAAAAGUACCCGGUUUCGAUAUAUUUAGACAUGAAAAAACUCAGGUGUUAAAUUAACUUAAAAAACUAACAAAUGUGAAUUUGAAGUUUAAGUUAAAAUAAAGUUAUUCAAAAAAAAUGGAUGAGACGUUUGUUUUCACUUUAACUUUUUCAAUUACUAUUUUGAAUCUUAAAAAAAACAUUUUACUGUUUUUUCCAGUGUAUAUUUUUUAAGACUGCUCAAUUGAUUUCAUACAACUUUUUCGACUUCAUUUUUGUAUAAUGUUAAUAGAGUAAUAAAAAAGGUGAAAAAAGUGCAUAGGAAAAAUCAUUCGUCCCUUUUAGAAGUUGGAUUGGUUGGAGUUGGUUCAUCCGGCAAAAAUAAAUGGUUUGGCUCAUUAAAGACGUGUGCAAAGUUUCGUUCAAAUCAAACUAUGUUAAGUCUAAUUCCCCUGCUAUAUAUUUCUGGAACUGUUCAUUUCCAAAUAUUACAUUUUGUGAAGUGGUUUUCCAAUUCCAUAAUAGAGAACUCUAGACGCCAGAUUUCAACAUUCGAAUGAAUAAAAUCGGUUUUUCGAUUUCCGGCUCAGUAAACACUGGAAGUAGUGAUUCGAAAGACUUCGAUGUGAAACUUACAUCGAUUGCUCAGAGACAGAUGAGCUGAUUUUUACAAAAUUACACUCAAAUGAAAGACUCUGCAUCACCGCUAUUGGCUGCAUUGAAUUUUUCUGUAUCCAACUUUUGGUUCCGGAAUUACACAUGCAUAACGCAAUAAAUGUACGAAAAGGUAUCAAAACAGUUCAAAUUUGUUGAUUAUGUUAGUAGACGGUCAAUCGAAAAUAUAUUAUUCAUUUUGAUCCUUCGUUUCUGUUUCCGAUAUAGAUAACUCUGAAAAGAUCCGUUGCGGUUUAUAAAUUAGUAUCAAAUUUGUGACCUGGUUGGAAUGGAGAUUUUUUCAGCUACUUAGGGUAGCAUAAUUAGAAAAGAGAAGAGAAUAUUUCAUUUCAUUUUCCAAGGGCAUUUAAUCGAACGUCGUGAAUAUGCCCAAACACUCAAACACAUCGAAAUAUUUGUACGGAAAAUCAACGAAGAGCUCUGAAGAAAUUAAAAUGAAAUUUUCUCUUUCUAUUUCAAAAAAUCAAAUGCAUUUAGAAUUGUCAGAUAUUAGGAUUCCAGAGAAGACAUUCCUGAAGCCCCAAGCUAAGACUUAAAUGAAAGCUAACGGAUUCUAGUUGUGGUCAGCUAUAGUCAGCUAAAUAAAGCCUAUGUGACUAUACUUGAAAGGUUCGAAACUAAUGUGCCUGGUAAGAUCAAAUUGUUUUCAUUAAUGAUCGCCGGUCGAUUGACGGUAAUUGAAAAUUGCUUUGACCAGAGUGACCAUACAUUAUCGGAUCUGAAAACCAAGGAAAUGUCUUUGAGAUUUUAUCUAUUCGAUUUUUAUAUAUUCAACAUACUCAAAGACUGUUUUCAAAUUUCAUCCUCAUUUGUGUCCCGGUUCUAGAGUUAUGAUAAUAAUAAGUGCGGAUUUCCUCACAAAUUUAUGAUCUGUUCACCUAUAAGCUACCUAUAAGUAGUCGUUUUAGGUGAAUAAUAACUAUACUUAUUGCAACUUUUGUUAGUUUGUUGUCUAAUAAGCCCAAAAAACUGAUUGUUUCAAACCAGAAUAUAAUUAAUGUAAAUUAAAACGUUGAUUUGCACUGAGAACGAUAUUUCCAUUGUGUUUAGAAAACUAAUGAACAAUGCUGUAGAUAUGGGAUUACGUAUUUAAAAAAUGUUUGUUCUGUAGGAAAUCUCUUGUUCUAAAUGUGCCUAGUUACUGUCAAUUGAUUUCUAAAUCGUUCAAUAUCCCCAUAUUGAUAGAUAUUUGGAAGAUUCGUUAGCAAAGAAAAAAAAAUAGUUUUUUACUCAAAGUCGUUCUUGACAUUUUCUUCAAAAAAUGGCAGUAUUAUUGAAAGCGUAUGUGCUACUUACAACUAUUUUCUCAUCUUUCCAGCAGCAUAGGAUACCUAUUAAAAUAUAUAUUGUAUGUAAGUUGUCAAAAUAAACCAGAGAAAAUAUUAUUUUUAAUAUAUGACACAAUGCUGCACUUAGUAAUGUAUUACACCAUAUAUACAUAAUUUGCAACAUUUUUACAAGGGUAGACAAAAAUUAACUGAUGAGCAUCGUACACGCUAAACUGGAUUUGUAGAAAGAUAAUCUUGAACUUGGUACGAUUUACUGGAAAGUAAAAGCAAACCAUCAUCUUGUUAAUCUCAUCUACUCAUAACUGGUUAAAAACUGUCUCUAUAAUUUACCUAGACUCUGAGUUUGUGCCCUUUCCUUCAAUCUUGAGUGCAUUCUAAUUAGAAUCCAGGCAAAUUGUUGAUAAAGUUUUUAACCAGUUAUGGAUAGAAGCAGGCUUCAAACUUACUGUGGGUUCAUGUUCAAGUUUAUUCCGAGCACUGUUUUUGAACGAACACAGUACGUACAUUGGUUCGUGUACGUACACCGGGCACAUGCUGGGUAUAGUUGAACCAAUGAUAGAGGAAAGAUAGAACAAAGCAAAAACAAAACAAGUUCGGUAGUAAUCAGAGUAAGAGAGGGGUGACUAUAAUAGGAGCGAAACAAACCUGAGGAUGUUAGUUUUGAAGUUUAUUUACAUUUAUUUGGCAAAGAAGAAAUCCAAUAGUGUUUCAAAGUUGUUUAAUAUUAGUUUCGAGUUGGUUCCAUGUUUUCCGAUUUUUUGGAUCUUCUAGAACGAUCUAAUUCUUAUUUUAAUCAUUAUCACAUACAAAACGGCAGCGAGUUAGGUAGAUGUUGAUUCUAAAACGACAUAUUUCAUGUUUUCACAUCAAAAACUCAUUUGUAGAUAUUGCUAAUAUACUUGUCGAUGGAUAGUUUCCGGAAUGGACAUUGUGAUAAUCUAAAAUCACUGUUCAUAUUUAUAGCAGUAGGCGUAUAUCGAUAGUAGAGCAGAAUUCCCGCGAGCGCGGAGUUCGGUGUUUAUUUGGGAAGACUGGGUAGAAGAGAUAAACAAGAUGGAGAUUUGCUGUUACUUUCCAGUUAAUUUCAUGAAAUUCAAAAUUGUUAUUUACUAACACUCUGAAUACUACAGAAGUCCCAUGCCCACACAAAGGAAUUUUGGUCGCAAUCAAGAUUCGAAUAAGUGAGGUAGAAACAGGUAGGACAAUCAUAACACUUUUUCAAGCCAAGCAAACCGCGUACUUCCUUCCGUCAUAGCCUUCAAAUUAGUUAUCAUUGAACUAAAACAUGUUUAUUCUACAUGGCACAGCAAGAAAGCACCACCUGUUUAUACCUCAUUGGAUUUGAUUAGUAUCGCUUCAAAUGUCGCGCUCACUUAAAUGAGCCCUUACAAUUUAUAAUGGUGCUAUUGAUAAAUAGCAACGAUUUCAAAUACAAAUAUAAAUUAAGGCACAAAUCUUCAAACAACCAACUGUUAGUUCAAUACGACGAUGUUUCAUUUAUUUCAAUUUUGUUCCUAAAAAUCAAAGUAUCAAAUUAUACUAAUAGAAUACUUCCAUUGCUAAUGAUUGAUUGCUUGUCAUACUAGGAGCACAUAUCUCGCUUUUUUGUUAUAACCUUGUAUGAACUUCCUGUAAACUUUGUUAAUCAUAAUAGUAAAGAGAAAAGUUUUACUUUUAUCUGAAGUUAAAAUUUCACAUAGAUCGCCAAUUUAUUUAGGAGUGAACGAUAAAAGUUAGUUUCUUGGCCGUUAUCACAGGAAAAUCGAAAAACUAGAGAUUUAGGAAGACGGGCAUAGCAAGAUGGGUAAGUUUGUCGCAUCGCUCGUAGUCUGUUUGAAUGGCUAAUGGCCAAAAUGUUUAAAUAUCUUAAAUCGAUAUAAAUGAGGAUUUUUUAACCCCCUUUCCAUUUCAAACAUUUCCCCUCAUUGGCAAGCCUUUCGGGAACAUUUGUUUGAGUAGUUUGUGGAAUUUUCGCGAAUUGUUUCUGCUAUUGCCAGGAAUAUUUAUUCGGUAUAUCUUGCAAUUUACAAUAUUCAAUUUCCUUUGGUAACAUCGGACGCUCUUUGUCUGUCACACGAAAAUCGCCAAUUUUUAGGCGAAUUUUCAAGCGAUCGCAAGUGCUCUAAGAUGGACAAUGUUUCCUGUAAACUACCCUAAACUAUGCGAUAACCUAUUGUCUUGAAACGAACAAUAACCGAAAACAGUUGUUUAGUCAAAAACAUUUUUCUUUUAAGGCAUUGUGUAAACCUUCAAAUCGAUAUACUUGAUCAUUUCAGUUGGUGUUGAUCGAUAAUGAAUGUUAUAUGUAUGUUCAAAUUGACAAGUAAUUAGUUAUUGAAGCCGAUUAGUAGUAAAUUAAUUUAUAGUUGGCCUUCAACUAUAUAACUAUAUUUACCCAUCUCAUGUAACCACCUAUUAGUAAUUAAAAUGUACCUCGAGAGCAUAACUUCUUAAUUGUAAACUGUUAGAUUUAUUUGAGUGAAAACUGCAUUUACAAACAUGUGCUAAUGCUCGGAGCUAUACAGAACCAAAUUGAUGCAAACUAUAAUUAAUAAAUGCUGGAUUAUUUUAAAUAAAACACAACAUAUGAUAAAAAACAGUAACACACUAUGCGUGAAUGGUAGCUUUCUAUAAAAAUAUUUCUGUCAGCUAAGAGUCUGAAAUUUAUAGCAAAUAAUUAUUUAAAUGAUAGAGAUACUAUUCAUAUUACUUUUUAUUGUUAGAAUAUAAAGAAAAUUGAUAAUAAAAAGAAAAUAAUAGCAUUACCUGAAUCAUCAAAACAAAAUAUACAUUCCAUCGCAAAGAAGAAAAAGAUGAAUGAAUUUAUUAUUAGAUUUUGUCCAACAAUUCUGAUUGAACAAAGAGAAACAUGACCCGAGCUUGCUGGGAACUAAAACAGCUCGUGUAUCGUUCAAAUUUGUCGAAUGUGUAUUAUGAAGCCUUUGUUACCAUCUAACAGAAAUAACUUGGAGCAGACUAAGACUUUUUUAAGUUUACUGUUUUUUACGGAUUUUCAUAGUAUCUUAUAUUAAAUACCCAAGACCAACAUGCACGAUAUUCUGUAUUGCAUGCUAUUAUUUGUCCCUGUCUGGCGUAGACGUAGAACAUAAAGAUAAAGAUCAAUUAAUAUGAAAUAUCAGAUGGGUAUUAUGUAACCACAAUAUUUGAAUAUUCUAUCAUUAAAGCAAGUACGAUGGACAAUGGUCAUAGUGAAAGUCGCAUUAGGCAUACAUGUAACUAUCACAAACACAUAAUCUGACUACAAACACACUGCUACAAAUCUAGUGUAAUGGGAACUCUAAAAUAAAUUAUAUACUUAUACAGAAA